AUGAAGGACGGUAAGCCCUGUCGAGUCUGUGUUGAUUUUAAGACGUGGUCCAAAUUGGAAAAGACAAAGGCAAAGACAGAAAAGACGAGCAAUGUGAAGGAGCAAGAAAGCGAAAAAAGCAACGCUGAAGCUAGACCUAUAGACAACAAACCUCAAAAGGUUACUGAAGAAUGGAAACAAAACAACUGUCCAGCCGACGUAGAAACAUUGGGUAGACAUACAUGGACAUUAUUGCAUACAAUGGCAGCCUAUUACCCAGAGAGACCAAGUCCUAGUCAACAAGAGAGUAUGAAGAUGUUUAUGAAGACAUUUUCAGAAAAUUAUCCUUGUUGGUUCUGCAAGAAUGAUUUUCAAAAAGAUAUAGAGACAGACCCAAUUAAUGUUAAGAAUAGAGAAACCUUAAGUCAAUGGCUAUGUAGAAGACAUAAUAAGGUGAAUGAAAAACUAGGCAAGAAACAGUUCGAUUGUAGUAAAGUAUUUGAGCGUUGGUUGACAGGGCCGCCUUCUGGGGAAUGUGACCAAUGA